AUGUUCUACUCGCACACGAUCCUCGCGCGGAAGAGCCCGCUGGGCACCGUGUGGAUCGCCGCGCACCUCGAGCGCAAGAUCAAGAAGCCGCAGAUCGACGGCAUCGACAUCCCCACCUAUGCAGAAAGUAUAAUGUUCCCUGAAGUUCCAAUUGCUCUAAGAUUAUCAGGGCAUCUUCUUCUAGGUCUAGUUCGCAUUUAUUCAUGGAAGGUGCAAUACCUGUUUCAAGAUUGUAAUCGAAUGCUAACUACAAUAAGAACUGCAUUCGCUUCUGUCCAAGUUGAUCUUCCAAUUGAUGCAGACCGUGCUCCAUUUGAGUCCAUUACAUUACCACCAACACUAAAUCUUGACGACCUAAACUUGGACGAUGCAAUUUCUCUGAUGGAUACACCAGAUAAUCAUCAGAAGACUCGUGAUCAGAUUACCUUGCCUGAAGGAGAAUAUGUGAUGAUAGAACUUGAUGAGGAUGCCAGAGUAGAGCAAUCAGGUCCUGGUCCAUCAUUACACAUGGGGCCUACAGCAAUUUUGGAUGAGACGUCCCCUCCAUUUCAUGAUGGUUUUGGAGCUAAUAACAAUCCUAAUGAAGAAGCUCCCAUAGAUCCUCCCAUAGGCAAUUCACCAGUAAAUUUCAACAUAGCAAAUCAGACAGAUGGAGCACUAGAUCCACCCGAAAAAAUGCGUGAAGCUCCACAUGAGUCUCCUCACCUGAAGUUAACAGAGUCAAUCCUUGGAAAUGAUGACCCCAUGGAUUUGGACCAUGAUUCUUCACCUUUUGUGCAAAACAAGGCUAUCACCCCUCCAGUUAUUGACGAAACAACUUCGGCUGGUCGACAAGUACCUGGGAGAUCCAUUUCCAAUUUACGGACACCAAGCACAUUUGAUGCUUUUGUAGAUGAUGGGCCCCUAAAUUUUGACAUUCCAUUACCUGAAUUUGGGCUUCAGCCAUCUCCACCUCCAGUACAAGAGAAUGAGGAUAAUAGAAGGCCAAAAACACAAGUUAACAAUAGAAAGAGGAAGAGAGGGAUGAAAUUUGAUUACAAAAUUGUGCUCUCCAAUGACUGUAUGAGUAAGCAAAUUGAUGGUGCUGAACUAGAUGAGUUGAUCUGCAAGAGGAGAAAACUACCCCAAACAAGCCUUGAUACGUGGAGAUUCAGCAGGACUAACAGAAAGGGCAGCUUCUUGCUUGAACCUCUGCUGCAUGGGAUGUGCAGUAAUCUUCAAGAAACCUAUGAGAGAAACUUCCCCUGUGUCAGUGGCCUUGAUGCUGAGUAUAGCAAUGUGGUUGGUUUAGCAAAUCAUGGUCAGGAUGCACCACCUGAACGGCAGCUAAGCCCAAAUGUUCCUGGAACUGCGGAACUGCCUUACCAUGAGCCCGCCCCAACGUCUCCAGGAAAUGCAGAGGCACAGCCUGAACCUUUGCCAACUCUAAAAUCAUCAGGAGCUGCAGGUGCAGCACCAGAUGAUGAUAUGUUGCCCGAGUUGCCCCGAUUCUCGCCAAUAGAUGUGCCAUCUCCAAUAAGAGAAAAUGACACUCCUUACAAAACUCCCGGUGGAACUCCACCAUCUUGGCUUGGAGGAACUGCCGUUUCUGAAAUACCAUCAACUGAUGGGAGGCUUGGAGGAACUGCUGUUUCUGAAAUACCAUCAACUGAUGGGAAGUAUUCAUUACCUGGACAAAGUACUCGUGACUCUGAUAAUAUGUCCUUCCUCUUUCCAAUCAAUGAAGAUGAUGACCAACCAGAGAUCCCUGGUCUCAUUAGUACACCUGGAGGGGUAUCUAGUGUAGGUACUGGAACCACCGGAUUAGGAAGCAUGUCUACUAGGACAAGGGCUGUCGCGCUGUUCUUUAAGGAUCAUGUGACUUCACCGUCAUCAGAUGAGCAGCCUGGAAAAUUCAGUUUGAACAAAAUUUUGGAAGGGAAAACAAGAAAACAAGCUGCAAGGAUGUUCUUUGAGACAACGGUUCUGAAGAGUUACAACUACAUUGAUGUCCAACAAGGGAAAGAGCCAUUUGGAGAUAUUGAAAUUUCAGUUAAACCCUCACUCUCAGCUGCCAAACUUUGA